GAACACACACACCUUGUUUAAGUAAGCAAGGCAGAGGUGUAGAGGGUAGGAAGUGGAUUUGGACCUAAAGAAAGCAUCCAGGGACAUCCUGUGUAUUUGUGAGACAACCCUCUGAUCUCCGCAGCCCGUCUACCAUGGGGGAGAAGAUGAGUAAACCUUCCAUUAAACCUUUUGAGGAUGUCACCUUCUUCACAUCCUUCAAGCCCUACAGCCCUCCCGUCACCAAUAACAACACUCCCCCUCGACCAAGCAUCUUCUCAACGCUGAGACGUCCCCCGGUCGCCAAGCCCAAUGAUUUCAUACCCCUUUUCAGCGACUGCAUCAAUGCCGCCUCAUCCAGAACUCAGGAGUACAUGCUCUUCAAGGACCCAGAGGAAAAGUUCCACCCAAGCCCAGAGGCCCUCACUCAGAUCUUCCUUAUGACCUAUAUCUCCCAGAGCGUCAGCCUCAAUUUGACAGACAUCUUCAAUUGCACAGCCAUGACCCCUGAGCAACGCAUCCUGCUGGGGGCUGACUGGGUGUGGGCCGUGUUGGAGAAGGCUACUAAAAAUCCUCGCGUGCAGAUCGCCGUGCAGGUCCUUCACCUGUCAGACAAAGAGGGCGGCGAAGAGGACGGCGUUCCCCGGGAGACGUGCAGUGAAACCGUCCAAAUGGCCCAGAGGGAGUCCAGUGACAAAAACAUGUACGAGAGAAUGGUGGACUUCUGCACCUCCGUCGGAAAGGACUGCUAUGCACUGUUUUUGUUCUUAGGUAGGAAAAACGACAAGAGCAAUAUCUACGGCGUUCUAAGCAACAAUUUUGAAGCGGCCAUCGGGAAGUGCGACAGGAUCGACAGGGCUCUUCUUGAGAACUUCUUCAAGGGGUCUCGGUACCUGCACACGCCAUCUGGAAUGAUGCAAGCCGUCAUCACCAAGAACGAGGGAGACCCUCUCACCCUCAUGAUUAAAUUCAGCUGAGCUUCAAAUGAUUAGAAUUAUAAUAUAUUCUCAUUGGAAUCCUGAGAAAGUACAGUGAUCCCUUGCUACUUCGCACGUCAAACUUCCUGCACUCAGUCCAUCGUGGAUUUUUUCCAUUUUAAAAAAAAUAUAACUAAAUAAAUAAAUACAGAUAAGCUGUUCCGAGCCGAUCACGUAGUCUCCCUUUCUCUCUCUCCCUCUCCCUGCUCUUUGUUGGUCAGGCAAUGCUCUGGUGUUGCCUAUUAAAGUUAAUGAUUGACAGACGUUUGGGUUUGAUCCUGCCAGAGAUGUGAACUUCAAAGCGCUGCAUGCGUCAAUCAUUGUUUAACUUGUUAAACAGUUGCUGUGGCAACUCAU